CGUCAACUGCAGCUGACGCGUGUGAGUUGUGGUGUUAACUAAACAGACUGUUGUGGGGUUAUGUAAAUAGUAAACAAACCUCCGGGCUCAUCGUGUCUGUUGCGUUGUAAACAGAAGACUGCAUUUGAGACUCAGUGGUCGGCUACAUAUCCAGACACAGUUCACAGCGCAGAUUACAGAAUGUCGAAAACACGCAUCUCACCCAGCGCAGGAACACCGUCGAUAGUCGGUGCGCCGGCGCGAAACAACACGAACCAGCGCGUGGCAUCCGGUGCGUUCACGCAGAUCAGCCAGGCGCAGAUAAACCAGAUCAAGGAGUCGUUUACGAUGUUGGAUAGUGAUCGGGAUAGUGUUAUCAGUCGGGGUGAUUUAGAGCAGAUGUUGACUUCACUAGGACAAAUGCCAAGUUCAAAAACACUAGACUCAAUGAUGGCAAGCAUGCCCUCCCCUCUGCAAUUCCCAACCUACCUAACAGCAAUGUCCUCGAUCCUGUCGCAAUUCUCCACCCGCGAGGAACUUGUCACCGCGUUCAGCGCGUUCGACAACGACGACAGCGGCGCCGCGGACGUGGAUGAGCUCCGCGAGGCAUUGCUCGAGAACGGCGCGGUCAAGGCGGAGGAGAUUGAUCGGUGUUUUAAGCCGUUUGUGAAGUAUAGUAUGGGGAAGGGGAGGUUGAUGUAUAGGGAUUUGGCGGAGUCGAUUAUUAUCUGAGGUUGCAGCAGUUAAAUAAGAGGGAAGCUGUAUCAGAGAGGGAUUAGAUAUCCGGUUUGGAGUUCAGUCGAGUUGUAUCAUGUUGACGUUCGGUUAUCUUUUUACUUGUUUGGAUGAAAAUCGAGUUGACGUUGGUUAGUUUGUUUAGUGUUUGGAUAAUUGAAUAAUUAGAUCGAG